AAAAAGGAAAAUAGAGAGAAGAAGCAAAAGCCGCAGCGAAGGGAACGAUUCUUCUAAUUAUUACUUGCGUUUUACGCAUUUCUUUGUUUUGUUUCCUUCUGAAAAUAAACAUACUGUAAAUUCCCACAAUUCCACCAACGCCUAGGGGGGAAGAAAAUGUCGGGGAAGAGUGUAAAUAAUAUGGUGCAGGAUAAUGUGAGCAAGCCUCGCUUCUGCAAGUCUUUGUCUUUGGGAGAAACUUGGACUUCUAAACCCAUGAGGAUUAUUCCGGAAGAGUUUGUGAGAAGCGCGCCAGGAGCUUUUGAACACAGAGUGGUGUUCAGUGUUCGUUGGGGCAAUUCCUGGCAACUCUGGCUCCAGCGAGACAAGAACGGAGGUCUGUUUAUGGAAGAAGAAGAUUGGGAUGAGUUCGUGAAUGAUAACUUCUUAGCUCCAAAUGAUGUCUUGCUCUUCACACACGUCGACACCAUGUUCAUUGAAGUGCGAAUCUAUAAACAAGACUCGCACCACUUGAAAGAGAUCACCUCAGCACCUCUCCAAGCUCAAGUGGUUACCCCCAUUCCUCAGAACUCUCCAUUGGAAUCUCCUUCCUCUGCACCUGCAUCUGCAAGUGGAGCGAGACAGGUCGAUGAUCUUGUCAGAAAUCCUGAGCAGUACCUCUCAAAUCCGAGUAACCCUUUCUUUGUGAAGACGCUUGGUAAAAAGAAUGAUGUUCUGUAUGUGAGCCAUCUGGUGACGGCGAAGUAUGGUUUGCAGUUUGGUCCCCAUGAUUCUCCCAUGUUUUACCUUCUUCCCAACGAAAAAAUCGAGGCAGCCACUAAGAUCUACGGAGGUUGCCCUUGCUUCAGUGGCUUGGCUGCUGUAUGUCGCAAGUACAAGCUGAAGCAAGGAGACACUGUCGUUUUCGAACUCGAACGCUCGAGAGGAGUGGUUACCGCCGUUAGACUGCAUUUCCGCAACGAGUAAAGCAGAUUUGAGUCCUCUCCACUCUCCUAAGUUAGCCUAGUGGUUAAUUACUCUUGUGGUAAGUUUCUCAUAAUAUGCUAUGUUGAAGCUAAAACUUCUUAUUUCUCUUUUGCAACAUGGAUAAUUACUAUAGGAUAAGUU